AUGACUAUAGGUGACAAGCAAAAAUGGACUGCUACGAAUGUUCGUAAUACGUUCUUAAACUAUUUUAAUUCCAAAGAACACAAAUUCAUCAAGUCCUCCCCAGUCGUACCAUUCGAUGAUCCAACUUUAUUAUUCGCUAAUGCUGGUAUGAACCAAUAUAAACCAAUUUUCCUUGGUACUGUUGAUCCAGCUUCUGAAUUUUACACUUUAAAGAGGGCUUACAACUCUCAAAAGUGUGUUAGAGCUGGUGGUAAGCAUAACGAUUUGGAAGAUGUUGGUAAGGAUUCUUAUCAUCACACUUUCUUUGAAAUGUUAGGUAACUGGUCUUUCGGUGACUAUUUCAAGACUGAUGCUAUCCAUUACGCUUGGGAUUUAUUAACUAAUGUAUACGGUAUUCCAAAAGACAGACUUUAUGUCACCUAUUUUGAAGGUGAUGCCAAGCAAGGCCUAGAAGCUGAUGAAGAAGCUCGUCAAUUAUGGAGAGAUGUUGGUGUCCCAGAAGAUCAUAUCUUACCAGGUAAUGCCAAGGAUAAUUUCUGGGAAAUGGGUGACCAAGGUCCAUGUGGUCCAUGUUCUGAAAUCCAUUAUGAUAGAAUCGGUGGGAGAAAUGCCGCUUCUUUAGUUAACCAAGAUGAUCCAGAUGUCUUGGAAGUCUGGAAUUUAGUUUUCAUUCAAUAUAACAGAGAAAGCGAUGGUUCUUUGAAAUCAUUACCUGCUAAACAUAUCGAUACCGGUAUGGGUUUUGAAAGAUUGGUUUCCGUCUUACAAGACGUCAGAUCUAACUACGAUACAGAUGUUUUCCAACCUUUAUUUGCGAAGAUUCAAGAAAUUACCGGUGCUAGAUCAUACACUGGUAAAUUCGGUGAUGAAGACAAAGAUAACAUAGAUACCGCCUACAGAGUCUUAGCUGAUCAUGUUCGUACAUUAACUUUCGCUUUAGCUGACGGUGGUGUUCCAAAUAACGAAGGUAGAGGUUACGUCUUAAGACGUAUCUUAAGAAGAGGUGCUCGUUAUGCUCGUAAAUACAUGAACUACCCAAUCGGUAACUUCUUCUCCACGUUAGCUCCAACUUUAAUCGAACAAGUCAAAGAUAUCUUCCCAGAAUUAACUAAAGACCCAUCUUUCUUAUUUGAAAUCUUAGAUGAAGAAGAAGCCUCUUUCGCUAAGACAUUAGAUCGUGGUGAAAGAUUAUUCGAAAAAUACGCUACUACUGCUUCUCAAACUACUUCAAAGACUCUAGACGGUAAGCAAGUAUGGAGAUUAUAUGACACUUACGGUUUCCCAGUUGAUUUAACCGAAUUAAUGGCAGAAGAACAAGGCCUGAAAAUUGAUGGACCAGGUUUCGAGAAAGCUAAGCAAGAAUCUUAUGAAGCUUCCAAGAGAGGUGGUAAGAAGGGUGGUUCCGAUUUAAUCAAAUUAAAUGUCCACGAAUUAAAUGAACUGAAUGAAGAAAACGUCGCAAAGACUGACGAUAAAGCUAAGUACGGUACUGAAAACAUUGAAGGUACUAUCUUAAAAUUACAUGACGGUUCUAAUUUUGUCAAUGAAAUCAGCGAACCAGGUAAGAAAUACGGUAUUAUUUUAGAUAAGACAUGUUUCUACGCUGAACAAGGUGGUCAAGAAUAUGACACUGGUAAAAUUGUCAUUGAUGAUGUUGCUGAAUUCAACGUCGAAAAUGUUCAAUUAUACAACGGUUUCGUUUUCCACACUGGUUCUUUAGAAGAAGGUAAAUUGUCUGUUGGUGAUAAGAUCAUUGCUGCCUAUGAUGAAUUACGCCGUUUCCCAAUUAAGAACAACCAUACCGGUACACAUAUCUUGAAUUUAGCCCUAAAAGAAACAUUAGGUAACGAUGUUGAUCAAAAGGGUUCUUUAGUUGCACCAGAAAAGUUGAGAUUCGAUUUCUCUCACAAGAAAGCCUUAACUAUUGAUGAAUUACGUGACGUUGAAAAAAUUUCCAACCAACAAAUUAAAGACAAUUUAACUGUCUACUACAAGGACGUCCCAUUAGACUUAGCCAAACAAAUUUCAUCUGUUCGUGCCGUCUUUGGUGAAACUUAUCCAGAUCCUGUCCGUGUUGUCUCUGUUGGUGUUCCAGUUGAUGAUCUAUUGGCUAACCCAACUAGUGAAGAAUGGCAUAAGUACUCUGUCGAAUUCUGUGGUGGUACCCAUGUUAACAAGACUUCUGACAUUAAGUACUUUGUCGUCUUAGAAGAAAGUGGUAUUGCUAAGGGUAUCAGAAGAAUUGUUGCCGUCACUGGUACUGAAGCUUUUGAAGCUCAAAGAAUCGCUGAUGAAUUUGCUGAAGCUUUAACUAGGGCUGAACAAUUACCAUUUUCUCCAAUCAAAGAAAAGAAAUUAAAGGAGUUAGGUGUUCAAUUGGGACAGUUAUCCAUUUCUGUUAUCACAAAGCAUGAAUUAAAAGAAAAAUUCAACAAGGCUGAUAAGCUUGUUAAGGAUGAAGUCAAAUCAAGAGCCAAGAAGGAAAUCAAGCAAACUGUUGAUGAAGUUAAAAACUAUUUCGCCGAAAAUCAGGACGCUAAAUAUUUCGUCAAAUUCAUUGAUAUUCCAACGAAUGCUAAGGCUAUCACUGAAGCGGUUAACUUCAUGAAGACCUCCGCCAAGGACAAAUCAAUGUAUUUAUUCACAGGUAACGAUCCAGAGGGCAAGAUUGCACAUGGUUGUUACAUUUCUGAUGACGCUCUUUCUCAAGGUAUUGAAGGUCAAACUUUAAUCAAGCAAGUUUCAAGUAUCGUCGGUGGUAAAGCUGGUGGUAAAGGUAACGUGUUCCAAGGUAUGGGUGACAAAUCCGUUGAAGUUAACAAGGCUGUCGUUGAACUUGACACCUUAUUCAAAGAAAAAUUAUCUAUCUAA